AUGGCGCCCUCGUUGUCGACCACCUGGACACACUUCCAUCCGCCCAAGCCCACGUUCACGGACAAAGACGUCCCGGAUCUCACGGAUAAGGUCUGCAUCGUCACGGGCUCCAACACGGGCAUCGGCAAAGAGGUCGCCCGGAUUCUCUACUCGAAAAACGCCCGGGUCUACGUCGCGGCAAGGAAUGAAGACAAGGCGCGGAGCGCGAUUCAGGACCUCACGGGCUCGGUCCCGGCGUCGAGGGGAUCGUUGGAAUUCCUGCCCCUGGACCUAAGCGAUUUGAACCAUGUCCGGGACGCGGCGCGCGACUUCCUGACGCGGGAGGACAGGCUCGACGUACUCUUCAACAACGCGGGCGUCAUGGUGUCGUCGUCGGCCGAGCCGCCGCCCCAGACGGCCCAGGGCUACGAGUUGGCCCUCGGCGUCAACUGCAUCGGGACCCUGCUCUUCACCAAGCUGCUAACGCCCGUGCUCGCCACCACCGCGAAGUCUGGGACGAGUUCGGGCGCAGUGCGCGUCGUAUGGCUCUCGUCGUUCGCCCUGGAGCUGUUUGCGCAGCCCAACGUCGGCGUCCCGCUCGACAACCUUGACUACCACGUCCCCAAGCCCGGGACGGAGCGGUACGGCAUCAGCAAGGUGGGCGUCUGGGCGCUGGCCGUCGAGUAUGCGAGACGGCAUCGCGACGACGGCAUUGUUAGCGUUGCGAUCAACCCGGGCAACCUGACCUCGGAGUUGCCGCGCCACCAGGGCCUCGUGCUCAAAACCGUGGCCCGGCUGGUUGGCUACCCGCCCUUGCUGGGGGCUUAUACCGAGUUAUUCGCCGCCUUCUCGUCCGACGUGGUGGUGGCGAUGGAAAGGGCCGGUAGUAGCUGGGUUGCUCCCUUCGGCCGAAUGUACCCCUUACGUGAGGAUUUGCAAAACGCCAUGCGGCGCGAAUCAGAGGGCGGGACGGGGGGCACUGCUAGAUUCUGGGACUGGACCGAGGAGCAGAUCAGGCCCUAUCUCGGCGGGUUAUGA